CACCAAAACAAAACAAUCAUUAUGUAGCAACCCAUGUCAAUCAGUGGUCUAAGUGCAGUCAUCGAAACAAAAAUCAGAAAAUGUUCUCAAGGUAUGGAACGUUGGCGUCCAUAUUACUCAAACGAGGUCUUGCCGAUUCCACAUCACUGGUUCUCUCUCGGCAUAGCAAUGUCUACCCAUUUCGGCUAUCAAAAAACAAAAUUCGUAGAAACUACUGUGCAAGCAUAACAUCAUCAACGGAUGUUCAGGCCAACACUAACGAGCAACCUCUAUUGAAUGAAAUAUUGGAAGUUCUAGACGAACCGGAAAAAAUAGGAAGAGAUCAUAAGCAUUAUAGAGUUCUGAAACUGAAGAACGGAUUAACGGCUCUGUUGGUUUCUGAUCCGGUAUUGUAUCCACUUAACAAAGUUGUGGACGGCAUGAAAGCAACCGGAGGUCCCAAUGAAAGAGAAACGGAUGUUGAAAAACUUGGAGCGUGUUCUGUUUGUGUAAACGUUGGAUCAUUUAGUGAUCCGCGCGAUAUACAGGGUAUGGCUCAUUUCCUGGAGCACAUGGUUUUCAUGGGCAGCAGCAAAUAUCCGCACGAGAAUGAAUUCGAUCAGUACGUUAAACGUUGUGCUGGAUUUAACAAUGCCGAAACGGAUUUUGAAGACACUUCGUAUUACAUUGAAGUGGCCGACAAAUGUUUACCCGGUGCACUGGAUCGCUUUUCACAGUUUUUCAAAGAUCCUCUAUUGCUAAAAGAAGCGAUGCGGCGGGAAAGACAAGCGGUUGACUCGGAGUUUCUGUUAAAGAUGCAGGGUGAUGAUGUUCGAAAGGAACAAAUCCUGGCCUCCAUGGGAAAUCCGGACCAUCCAUGCAACACAUUCAGUUGGGGAAAUUUUCGAACGUUACGAGACAAUAUAUCGGAUGAUGAAUUGCACAAACGUGUCCAUGCAUUUCACAAGCGGCAUUAUUCAGCGAAUCGUAUGUUCGUUUGCAUACAAGCUCAAUACUCGUUGGAUGUUAUCCAGGAUCUGUUGCUGAAACACUUUAGUGAUAUACCGAAUAACGAAUUGCCGGGAUGUGACUAUUCGGCUUUCUCUCACUUGAAUGCUUUCCAAGAAUGUUUCUCGAAUCAAGUGUAUGUUGUGAAGCCGACAGCUAAUGUGUCUAAAUUGGAAAUAACAUUUUGUAUGGAGCCCCUUGCGCAAGAAUACAGAACCAAGCGACAUCACUUCGUUGCAUACUUACUAGGCUACGAGGGACAUGGUAGCCUUAUAAGUCACCUACGUAAGAAGAAUUGGGCGUUGGAACUGGCCACUGGGCUGGAUAGCUCUGGAUUUGGAUCGAAUCAGUUUUUUUCUUUGUUCAAAAUUUCGGUUUACCUGACAAGCGAUGGAAUGAAUAACGUCAAAGGGGUCCUUGCAGCUGUAUUCGGAUACAUAAAAUAUUUAGAAAUUGUCGAUCCGAAGACUCAUGGCGAGGUGCUGUACAGAGAAAUACAGAGUAUCGAAGCCACGAACUUCAAUUUCCGAAAAGAGCCAAGCCCGCUUCAAAACGUUGAAAAUUUGGUCUCCAAUCUAAAAAACUAUCCGCCCAAAGACUUACUGACCGGUCCAAGUUUAUUUUUCGAAUACGAUUACAAUGCCAUCCAAACGUUCAUCGAGAAAAUGUACCGAUCGAAAAAGAACAUCAUGAUCACCACAAAGAAACCGUUUGAGGGUCGGGAAUUUGAUCGAUUGGAGCGAUGGUGCGGAACCCGAUAUUGUACGUUUGAUAUUCCUUCCGAUUGGGCGGAGACGUGGAAAAAUCCACAAAUUUUGGACGAUUUUAAACUACCCGAGCCCAAUACUUACAUACCGACGGAUUUGUCAAUCGUCUACAAACCGGGUGAGUUGACUGUCUCGACACAUCCAACGAAAAUAUUAGAGAACGACGUGUGUGAAUUGUGGUUCCGACAAGACGACAGAUUUCUCUUACCGAGAUCGUAUUACUACUUUUAUUUUAUAAGUCCUAUGGCACGAGGUAGCAUUGAAAACAUUGUAAUGAUGUCGGUGUACUCAAUGCUCCUACGAUAUAAAGUUGUUGAGAGUUUGUAUCCGGCUACGGUGGCUGGACUGAGUUAUUCUACACUUCCGUCUGAGAAAGGAAUUUUUCUAAAAUUCAGUGGAUACAGCCAGAAUUUACAUCAUUUGGUUAAUGCUUUUAUUGCGAAAAUGCUAACAUUUGCUGAUGAGAUUACCGAAGAAGAAUUUAAUAUGUUGGCGGAGCAGCAGUUGAAGAACUACUUCAACACAAUGAUCAAUACGAAGGCGUACGCAAAAGCACUUCGCUUGUCCAUCAUCGACAACGAAUUCUAUCCAACUAACGAAAAAUACGAAGCGUUGAAAAAACUGACAGUUGGUGACUUCAAACGAUAUGCAAAUCGAUUUCUGAAGGAACUGAAGAUACAAGCUCUAUUCCAAGGAAACCUGAACGAAGAUACAGCUCUGACAGUUAUGAAUGAUGUUCUUGAUCAAUUAAAGCCGCGGCCAGUCGUUAACGCGUCAGCAAUGGUCUUACAAGCACACAAACUGCCGGUGGGUGCACAUUAUUUUCGUUGUGCGUCAUUCAAUCCGAAUGAUGUGAACUCAUUGACGUGCAAUUUUUACCAAAUUGGUCCAAUGACCGUGAAAACCCUCAAUUUUAUCGAAUUGCUGAUGAUGUUAGCUGAAGAACCACUCUUUAACACAUUACGUUCGAAAGAGCAACUCGGCUACGAUGUAUCGUGUGGCUUGCGGGAUAACUACGGCAUCUUAGGCUAUUCGAUUAUGGUCAAUUCGCAGGAGAAUAAAUUCUCCUCUGAGUACAUCGAUGAGCGAAUCGAAGCGUUCCGGUCUGAGCUGCUGAACAUUAUUUCGAGAACGACAGAUAGUGACUUUCAACAGUAUAAGGAGUCGUUGGCGAAAAUCAAACUUAACGACGACAAUGACAUGAAAGAUGAGGUGGCUCGACAUUGGAUUGAAAUAAUAACCGAUGAAUAUGCGUUCGAUCGUGCCAUUAGAGAUGUUGAGUGCUUGAACACGAUCACAAAAUCGGAUUUUGUUGAAUUCUUUCAGAAACAUUUCCAUCACACAAAGAAAUUGUCGAUUCAAGUUAUCGGUGUUAAAGAUCCAACAACAAAUACCAUCACUCAUUCUAAAGACCGGUCACCACAUGACAAAGAGUUUACAUUUAAAAUGAUUCCCUUGUCCAAACCGUUCAAAGGACACUGCAUCCAAAGCAUAGCUGAGUUUGUUAAAAAUUUAGAACUUUAUCCUGUAAUACGUACAAAUUUCAAGUGUGAAGAGUAAUAAAACGUAUUCAAAUUUCUCAGCGUGUCUUAAUGUUAAUGCUAAAUUGAUAAGGGCUUUCAAUGAUGAAAGUUCUGUCUCAAAAUUUAUUUUCGAACAAAAUCUAGAAUUUGAUUAC